CAGGGGAGAGACCUGUGUUGCUUUGCAUGGCUGUGCAUAGCAGUGCCAUACAAAGCACUGUGCUUACAGUGGAAAGCACUCACAAAGCACACAGUUAACCCUUUGAUCGCCCCAGAUGUUAACCACUUCCUGCCAAUGCCAUUUGUACAGUAUCAGUGCUUUUUAUUAGCACUGAUCACUGUAUUUGGUGUCACUGGGGAUGUCAGUGACGCCAAGUCAGUUUCCCCCAGUGUCAGAAUGCCCGCCGAAGUCCCGCUAUAA